AUGUCGAAACCAGAACGGAUCGAGACGAGGCUGUUCAUCAAUGGCAAGUUCGUCGAAGCAUCCGACAAGAAGACCUUCCCAAUCUACUCGCCACAUACCCAGGAAAAGGUCGCCGAAGGUAUAAACACCCCAAGCUUCUCUGUCUCUACCCUACAGCCCACGCCCCCACAAACUCCCACGAAGCCAACUCUCACAAGCCCAACAGUAAGCGAAGCCACCGCCGAAGACACCGACGCCGCCGUCAAAGCAGCCCUAAAAGCCUUCCCCUCCUGGUCCGCCCUCUCCCCCAAAGACCGCGGCGUGCACCUCAAGAAGCUCGCCUCCCUCAUUCGCGCCUCCCAUAAGGAGCUCGCAUGGCUCGAAGCCAUGUCCAUGGGCCGGCCCGUCUCCCAAUACAUCGACGCCUUUGCUGCUGCCGACGACUACGACCACUACGCCGAAGUGGGCUACGACGCUCAGGGAACGAGUAGUUUGAAUACACCUGGAUUCGUGAAUUUGACGUUCAGGCAGCCGUACGGUGUCGUGGCGGCGAUCAUCCCAUGGAACGUCCCUGCGUUGUUCUUUGCGAAGAAGAGCGCACCAGCGUUGAUGGCGGGAAAUACGGUUGUCGUGAAGAGUAGUGAGAAGGCGCCGCUUACUUCGGCUUAUAUUGCUGGACUGAUCGAGAAAGCUGGAUUCCCACCAGGAGUGUUUAACGUCCUCUCUGGGCAUGGCAAUGUUUCAGGCGCGGUGCUGAGCUCUCAUAUGGAUGUCCGGGCGCUGUCUUUUACCGGAUCGUGCAGGACUGGAAAGACCAUUCAGGCAGCAGCCGCGAAGUCCAACCUGAAGUCAGUCAUUCUGGAGCUUGGCGGAAAGAGCCCAGCAAUAGUCUUUGACGAUGCUGAUCUUGACGCUGCUGUCGAGGAGACACAGCACUCCGUCCAGUGGAACUCGGGCCAGGUAUGCAUGGCGAACACGAGGCUCUACGUGCAUUCCAAGAUCGCAGACAAAUUCGUGGAGAAGUUUAAGGCCAGGUUUGUGAAGAUCAAGCCAGGUGAUCCCACAGAUGCGGAUACAAAUCAUGGACCACAGGCCGACAAGGUCCAGUAUGACAAUGUGCAACGGUAUAUCGAGCUCGCUCGCAAGGCGGGUGAGCUAGUGCUUGGUGGGGAGCCUCUGGAAGUGUCUGGAGAUGUCAAGGGCGGCUAUUUUGUUGCUCCGACUGUUUUCUUGAAGACGGGUGAGGACGAAGUUGUGAUGAAGGAAGAGAUCUUCGGACCUGUUAUUCACAUCAACACGUUCGAGAGCGAGGAAGAAGUCAUCAAAAAGGCCAACGACACAGAAUUCGGUCUGUACGCUUCUGUGUAUACCAAGAACAUCGAUCGCGCCAUGAGAUUCGCAAAGGCAUUGGACAGCGGAACUGUUGGAGUUAACUGCACAAGUCCGACAGGAGCGAAGGACGUGCCAUUUGGCGGCUAUAAGCAAUCGGGCCAGGGUCGGGAGGGACACAAGGUCUCGUUGGACAACUUCUUGGAGACGAAGACUGUCCUGAUCAAGGUUGCGGCGACUUGA